CUCCACAGCAGUCACCUGAGCAUAUUAUGUUUGCCUCCCUUAAUGAAAGGGAACAAAAAAGCCUUGCAGCAUACCAGUGAACUAAACAGGAACUGACCAUAGGGGAAACCUGAUGAAAACUUACAGACUGUUGGGACUCUGCAACACAGAUCACCCAGGCAAAUGUGAUGAUGAUCUAAAACUGCAUCUGUGAGGGAGUAAACCAGUAUUUCUGAGUUUGAAACCUUGUUUUGUGACAACAGUCAAAGUGUUCUGAACUGCUACCUGCUUUGGUGCUGGCUUGUUUUUCUUCUCCUCCCAAGCUGAAAAGUCAAAGAAGAUUUUCAAAGAAAUACAAAAGGAACAGGAGCUUUAAAAGCAGGAAGCUGAAAGGGGCUCUCCAUAAGAUGAAUUUUACACAGCACCGUGGGACACUCCAGCUUCUCCAUUUCUGGAACCACAGCUAUGGACUGCAUGGAGGUGCCAGUGAGCCCAAUGCAAAGGACCAUUCUUCAGGAGGCUGCUACGAGCAACUCUUUGUAUCCCCUGAAGUGUUUGUGACUCUGGGCAUCAUCAGCUUACUGGAGAACGUCUUGGUCAUUGUGGCAAUAGCCAAGAACAAGAACCUCCAUUCACCCAUGUACUUCUUCAUCUGUAGCUUGGCAGUGGCUGACAUGCUAGUGAGUGUAUCUAAUGGAUCGGAAACUAUUGUCAUCACGCUGCUAAACAAUACAGACACAGAUGCACAGAGCUUUACCAUAAACAUUGACAAUGUCAUUGAUUCAGUGAUUUGCAGUUCCUUGCUUGCAUCAAUUUGCAGUCUCCUCUCAAUAGCAGUGGACAGGUACUUUACUAUAUUUUACGCCCUCCAGUACCAUAAUAUCAUGACGGUGAAACGCGUAGGGGUCAUCAUCACCUGCAUAUGGGCUGCUUGCACAGUCUCAGGCAUUUUGUUCAUAAUUUACUCUGACAGCAGUGUUGUCAUCAUCUGCCUUAUUAGCAUGUUCUUCACUAUGCUCAUUCUCAUGGCAUCCCUCUAUGUCCACAUGUUCAUGAUGGCUCGGAUGCAUAUCAAAAAGAUUGCUGUUCUUCCAGGGACUGGCCCUAUUCGCCAAGGGGCCAACAUGAAAGGGGCCAUCACUCUCACCAUCCUGAUUGGAGUUUUUGUUGUGUGCUGGGCUCCAUUCUUCCUGCACCUGAUUUUCUACAUCUCCUGCCCAUACAACCCUUACUGUGUGUGCUUCAUGUCCCACUUUAACUUCUACCUCAUUCUCAUCAUGUGCAAUUCCAUCAUUGAUCCACUCAUCUAUGCAUUCCGGAGUCAGGAGCUCAGGAAAACAUUCAAAGAGAUUAUAUGCUGCUGUAGCCUGAGAGGGCUUUGUGAUUUGCCUGGCAAAUAUUAA